UGUAAAACAGAUAGCUAUUUUUUACAAGCAUAAUUGACAUUAAAUCUUUAAAAUAAACAUGGAGGAAACUAUUAAAACUUUUGAAACUUUAAACGACACAACUGUCAAAGAAAAUGGAACUUAUUAUCUUCCGCCGUAUAUAUUCUGGUAUGUAAGUCUUGCAAAUGCUGUUAUUUUUAUUCUAGGAGUUACAGGAAAUAUAUUUGUAUUGACAGUUGUGAUAACAAAUAAAGCGAUGAAAACACAUAUGAAUAUAUUGUUGUGCAGUCUGUCCGUAGCAGAUCUUCUAGUGUUACUAAUAUGUCAACCAGCUGGAAUGAUUGAAUUCUAUGGGAAGGACAGAUGGUUUCUUGGUCAAACCUUAUGUAAGCUGAUUCCAUUUUUAGAAAACGCCUCUUUAAAUUCUUCAGUUAUUACUAUGUGGGUAAUUAGCUGUGAAAGAUUUCAAGCCAUUUGUAGAGCAAUGCAAAACAGUUCUUGUGUCGGCACAGUGACAGCAGGGAAAUCUAUUAUGUGUAUAUGGAUUGCCGCUAGUGCCAUUUCUGUGCCAUUUCUAUUCCUCACUCACCAAGAACCAGCCAAAUUUUUUGAUGGAAGUGACGUAAUGGUUUGUCGAACCAAAAUAGAGACAUCUUUACACCAGUUCUACAUUGUUUUACUUUUUUUGACGUGUUUUGUUUUACCGUUGAUAGUUCUAACUGUGAUUUAUUGUUUCAUUCUUAGAACAAUAUAUUUAACUCAGAGAUUAGACGAAAAUCGUCCAAGUCGACAUAGAAAACAGAUCGUGGCAAUGAUAAUAGCUAUCAUAGCACUGUUUUACAUAUCUUUAUUUCCAAUUAGAAUAAUUGCUCUUUGGUCAGUGUUUGGAUCAACCGAAUCGAAGGAAAGUUUAGGCUUAGUUAAUUAUACGAAUAUCAUUUCCAUUGCGAGAAUUUUAAUGAAUCUGAAUAGUGCAGGGAACCCAGUUAUUUAUGGAUUGAUAUCUAGCAAAUUUAGGAAAGCUUUUAAGACAACGUUACGAAAAUGUUUUUGUAUGGCAGAAAAAUCAUCACCAGAUAUUGGUAACACAAGACGUUAUUCCGAUUACAGCGAAAACUUUCAAGUUUGUCCAUUCAUUUAUACCGGAUACUGCUGCCAUAAUUAUGGCACUGAAGAUACGGAUUUACAGGAAGUUAACAAUUAA